GAAAAUAAUUAGAAAUGCCGACAUACGAGCUGGCGCUGAUUUUACGGCAAAUGCCACGGCCGGAAUUAGUUUCGGUGUUGAAGCGCACGGCAAAUGCCAUUUUCGAUAAGGGUGGAGUAAUACGCAAGCUGGACAACUUGGGAACGCGUCCCCUCCCGUUCAAAACCAGUGUGCAUGGAUUGGUUCACCGGACGGGUUCGCAUUUUGUGUUAAAAUUCGAUACCCCACCCGCUACCGUCGAGGACCUGGAGGAGGAAUACGGUCGGGAUGUUGAUAUCAUUCGGAAGCGAAUCUACAAAGCCGAUGCCACACUGCAGGAGCAAGUUAGCUGUACUAUUCACGAAGAAAUGCAACCUCCAGCUUACAGGAAAGAGGUCCAAAAAAUGAUAACCACCUCAAACAAGACCAAAAAGAAAGGCUUCCAAUAUAAUACCGGUUAUGAUCAUUAUCCGUUCCAGAAAUAGGGUCCACAUAAUUUAUAUUGAAGCUAUUAUAGACAAUAGAUGGCUUAAUUAACGUAA